GCUCACAGUCGAGUUCAACUCGGCUGCUGAUUAUAAAUACAAAUUUAGAAAUUAUUAAAACGUUUUAAAUAAUAAAAUUAAUCACACAUCAAAAGUUUUACUUAUUGGUGACAAUAAUACUUCCAAGUUAUAGAGUACAGUUUAUGGUUCAAGUAAUAAAUCGAGUGAAAGUACAAAAUUGGCGAUUUUGAUUGAUUUGAAGACAACGUUUUUCUACAAAAUUCACAAUGUCGCGGCACAGAAAUGUCCGAACUAUGAAUUAUGACGACGAUUAUGAAGGGUAUAAUGACGUGUACGGUCAUUCUCUCGACGAUGACUAUGGUGUUAGUCCAAGUGCCUCUCAAUAUUUGUACGAUCGGAAUUCAAGACAGACGCAACUGUCUCACUUUGUUGGUCACGAAAACGAUAUUGUUGAAGAGUCAGAGGAACAUGCUGAACCUCCGACAGAAUCCGUGGAUAAGAGGCUAGAAAAGGCGAGACGGCGGCUCGACUCCUUGUCAAUUGAGUCGGCAGUGGCCAAAUUGGGAGCAGAUGAAGAAAUCAGGCUGAAGCAUUGCUUGGAAACAAUACGAGAUAUUUGCGGGGAUUCGGUCACGGAUAACAUCAUGAAAGCGCACAUUAUUCAAGCCAAUUUUAAUUCAGAAAAGGCCUUGGAUAACAUAUUGAGUGGAGUGGAACUGGAUCCUGCUGCUGUGCUGCCGGAAGAUUUAUGGAAGAAGCAUAAACAAGAUUCAGAACCUUCUGCAAAACCACCAAUUGCAGGUCCACCCCAAAUCACUGUGAAACCACCAGCAUUCUUUAAGAAACCCGAACUAAUUAAAGUAAUCCCUGCAUCCAAAGCUGCGGUGACUCUGGGAUUCAAUGUGCCUGCUAAAGAGAAAGACAGGGGCAGCUCCCCACUUACCCUCCAAGUUGUUGACUCUAGAAGUGGGAGUAAAUGCGCUUCUCCGUCUACAACAAGGAACACCAAGACGUCAAAGAAAAAGGAAGUGGAAUUCAAAGGUGAAAUUGCUGUGGACCAGUAUUCCAAAGAAAGGGGGAGCGGAAAAGAUUUACUCAAUUUACUUGUGAUUGGUCACGUUGAUGCUGGAAAGAGCACGCUAAUGGGACAUUUGCUCUUCCAAAUGGGGCAAGUUCCAAAGAAAUCGAUGCACAAGUUUGAACAAGAAUCAAAGAAAAUUGGAAAGCAAUCUUUUAAGUACGCCUGGGUGCUGGAUGAAACAGGAGAAGAAAGGUCCAGAGGAAUUACAAUGGAUGUUGGGCAGUCAAAAUUUGAAACUGAAUCCAGAACCAUCGUCCUUUUAGACGCUCCAGGACACAAAGACUUUAUUCCCAAUAUGAUCACGGGAGCAUCACAAGCAGAUGUUGCAGUCUUGGUUGUAGAUUCAACAAAUGGAGAGUUUGAGACUGGCUUUGAGUGUGGUGGACAGACUCGAGAACAUGCAUUUUUAGUGAGAUCUUUGGGUGUCAAUCAGCUAAUCAUUGCAGUAAAUAAGUUGGAUAACGUCAGCUGGUCCAAAUCCCGAUUUGACGAAAUUCAUGCCAAGUUGAAUACAUUUUUGACCAAACAAGCUGGGUUUAAAGAAUCAGACUUGACGUAUGUGCCAUGUAGUGGCUUGGUUGGCGAAAAUUUAUCAACGAGAUCCACUGAACCUUUACUAACGACUUGGUUUAAUGGCCCAUCAUUAUUGGAAGCCAUCAAUUCGCUCCGACCUCCAGAGAGGCCAGUUGGCAAACCUCUCCGAAUUACAGUCAAUGACGUAUUCAAAGGAACAGGGGGUUUGUGCGUCAGUGGUAGAGUCGAAACCGGGAUGGUUCAGGCUGGAGAUAAAAUAAUGAUACAACCUGUAGGGGAAAUUGUUAAUGUAAAAAGCAUUACAUUGGAUGAAGGUCUUGGGAACAAGGCUUUUGCAGGAGAUCCAGUUCUUCUGUCCCUUCAAGGAUACAGUGACAUGAAUGUAGUGUCCAUUGGUUGUGUUCUUAGUGAUCCAAAUUUCCCUUGUAAAAUUGCCACCAAGUUGCAAGCACGAAUCGUUACAUUUGAUGCGAUGGCUGUACCAUUGAUCAAAGGAUUUACAGGAGUUAUGCACAUUGGGACAAUAAGUGAACAAGUCACGGUAACGAGAUUGAUAAGCCAGCUGAACAAGGGUACGGGAGAGGUCAUCAAAGCCAGACCACGGUGCUUGCCAAAAAAUUCUAACGGGAUUAUUGAACUGGAAGCCCUUCGCUGUGUUUGCCUUGAAGAAUUCAAGGAUGUAAAAGAGUUGGGCAGAUUCACCCUCAGGUCGUCUGGUAUUACAAUUGCUGCAGGAGUCAUUUCUCAAAUUUUGUAAUUAGUUUUGAUAUUCUCGUCAAAAUACCGCACUUUACAAGCCAACAGAAAAAUAAUUUACUAAAAAAGAUUAAACUCAAUUUACUAUGUCAGACACUUUGUUAUUCGUUAAAAUAAAUAAAAUUGAUAAAAACCUUGGUAUAAAAACA